CAGCGUCUCUAAAGCUUUAAAUGGCCUCGAAGCGCCACUUAAAACCAAACAUGCCCGCUCUAUUAUUAUCAUGAUCCACAAGGCCAAGGAGGCCAAAACAUUCUGGAUGGUUAUUUCUCGACAGCCCUUGAUGCAGAGCAGAUUUACCGCCUGGAAGUUUUCGCAUCUGCUACACAAAGUCUUGCGAGAGGCCCAUGAAAGUUCUAUAAGGCACUCGCAGAGUCACAAGAAGAUGAUUCUGGAGGUGGGGAAAAUGUGGGGUCUCCUGCAAGACGACAUUGGAUGCUGCAUACAGGCGUACAGUAAGCUUCUGGCCACAAAAUUAAAUUUCCACGACAAAAAUCGAAUGUUCCCGGGAACACUGAAUAUUUCGUUCACCGAACUCUUUAUUGCAGUCGACAGAGAUUUAAAUUACUGCUUUCAACUAUGUGUGGAAAUUUUCGACUACUUGGAGGACAUCAUUGCGCUGCAGCUGACAAUAUUUUCUUCUAUGGAAAAAUAUAGAAUGUCGUCGAUGACACCGCAAGGACAAUGUAGAUUAGCGCCAAUAGUUUGUCUUAUCCAGGAUUCAAAUGCGUUGUACGAUUUAAGCGUUCGAUUAAUGUUUAAACUACACGAUGGAGUACCAUACGAUGUUGUUUCCGGACACAGAGACCGUUUUCAUGGUUUGUUUUUAAAGUUGAAGAGUUUUUACAACAACGUACGACCGCUUCAGUAUUUUAAGGACUUGAUAACAGUCCCGGAAUUACCGGACUCAAGUCCCAACUUCAAAUCCCAGAAUGAUUUCACCAGUUAUGUUCCGCCAGUAGUUCAUGUUCCGGUGGAGCCCGAUCCAGUUGUUGAGGAUCUUGUGGAUACUAACAAUCACGAAUCGGAAGCCUUUAGUCAAGCCCAACAGCAGUUGAGUAUGCUGGAGGGUAUCAUAAGUGAGAAGGAGGCUGGCAUUGAGGAACUUUCAUUUAAAUUGGUUAAUCUACAAAAAAACUUCGAUGAACUCCAACAAAGCUACAGACACGACAUUCAGGAGUUGCAACAAAACAACACUGUCCUAUCAAACGAUCUGGUUUUAGCGAGAGAAAUGUGCGCUACCUUCCGGAUGCAAAACGAUGAUCUUGAGAUGCAGCUUAACCAGAACCCAAUCCUUUUACAAAAAGCAAUGGAGGAAGAAGAAAAGCAUAAGCUGUCCUCGGAAAAAUUCAACAAACUCAAAUCGCUAUACACGAAAAUUCGGGAUGAGCACAUACAGUUAUUGAGAGAGCAAAGUGAUUGCAAUAAAUCCCUCAAUAAAGAGAAACAAGUAAACUCACAGCUCUUGUUAGAAACAAAAGAACUUACCAACGAAAUUUCCAAAAUUAAAGGAAACGUUGAGGAAAAAGAAAAAGUUAACUUAACUCUGCAAAAACAAAUAGAGGAGCACAAGGAGAAAUUAAUGCAGCUCGAAGAGAUCAAAAACGAAAUAAAGGAGAAAUUCGACGAUGUUGUUAAACAAAAGGAGAUUCAAGAACUUGAUAUUAAUUCCACCUCUGAAAACUUGAGGCUAAAUUGUUUAAAAAUCGAGGAACUUAAUGUCACUCUUAAUGAAACCAAGGAAAAACUAUCCAACGCCGAGAGCCAAAUAAAUGCAAAGAGCAUAGAAACAGAAAGUAUUUCUAAAGCUUUCGAAGCGGAAAAGGCAUUGCUUUUAACUAAGAUUGAGCAGCAAAAUACCGAAAAUAAAAGCAAUACUGAUGCUCAAAACGCUCAGCUGCAGCAAACCAUAAAUGACUUGGAGCAGAAAGAUAAAGAUUUGAAUGAAACAAAGCUUAAGUUGGCCACCGCCGAAAACGAAGUUAGUUUAAAGACCACUGAAAUUGAAAACAAUUUAAAAUCCUAUGAAGCGGAAAAGGCAUUGCUUUUAACUAAAAUCGAGAAACUGAAUGUAGAGCAUAAAAAUAUCAGCGAUGUUCAAAAUGCUCAGUUACAGCAAUCUCAGGAACUUGUAAAUCAAUUAAAGCAGGAAAAUAUUUCAGUGGUUCAACGUAACGAUGAUUUGCAAGGCAAACUGGCGAAUGUAGAGGACAAACUAUCCCAAGCAACGCAACAAAUUGAUGCCGUGACAAUUUCGUAUAAAACCUGUAGUACCGAUUUAAGCGAACUUCGAAAAUUGGUAAUCAAAACUGUGAAGGAAAUCUGCAACUCAAAGUUAAGCGGUUCAGAGCAACAACCUUUGGAUGCGGUUCCAAACAUAGUUAGUGAAAUGGAAACCCUUUUAAAUAAAUUUAAUAGCCCAUCCGCUGUAAACUAUGUGGCUUCAACGGAAGGAAUGCAGGAUGUUAUGUAUUUGGGCUACGUGUUUAUAAAGUUAUACGAUCAAUGUGAUGUUAUCUACAAAACUACCACAGCUAUUGAAACGGGUCAGGAGAUUUUUACGAAAACAUCGCUCAUUUGUACAGACGUCUGCAAAUUGUUUGAAUACUUGUUGACCAAUGAAACGAGAGACCAGGAAAGGCCAAACAUUACAGCUGAUAUACAAACAAAGCUGAAAGAUAUACUAAAGUUAAUUGAGAAAAUAAAGGCCUCCUUUGAGCAAAAGAUAGAUUUGGACAAGCUUCUCGAAAUAGAGCUUCGCGAGAUGGAUGCAGCUAUCGAUGAUGCAGCCUCAAAAAUAACAGAUUUACUUGCCAAGGCUCGGGAGAAGGACAACAAAACCAAUCUGGAGGUAAAUGGAAAGAUUGUGGACGCAUGCACCACCUUGAUGGAAUGUGUCAAGGCUUUAAUCCAAAAAUCACGUCUUCUACAACACGAAAUCGUGGCAUCCCAAAAAGGAAAUGCAAGUGCCAAUGAGUUUUACAGGCGAAACAGUCAGUGGUCGGAUGGCUUGAUAUCCGCUUCAAAAAUGGUGGCGAAGGCAGCAAAUUAUUUGGUGGAAGCAGCCAACAAAGCCAUUGAAAGUGAGUCUGGUAAAAACUUUGAACUGAUAGUGGCUGCCCAGGAAAUUGCUGCCUGCACAACACAAAUGGUUAUAGCGAGCAAAGUCAAAGCGGAACGUAAUAGUCAAAAACUAUCGGACUUAACGAAGGCGUCGCGAAGUGUAACACAGGCGACGGGAACUCUUGUUGCCACCGUUAAGGAUUGCAACUCCCAGUUAGAACAGCAAAGUGAAAUAGAACUGGCACAGUUAACGCCAUCACAAAUUAAAACAAUGGAAAUGGAAAUACAUGUAAAAGUACUCGAAACCGAACAGGCUCUUCAAAUGCAGCGACUAAAACUCUCGUCGUUUCGGAAAGAGCAUUACAAAAAUGCCGAUUAUUAAAUAUCAUAUUUAUAGUCCUUACUAACUUUAGAAACAAUAUUUUUUUUAUAAAUGCACGUCAUGACAAAUAAUACCUAUAUGUACACUGCGGUCAUUUUAUCUAAAAAUGUUUCCGUAAUAUUAUUUGGUUGAUGAUUCCAUUUUGAUCACUUUUGGAUCUUCGGUUUUUAUUAAACCAGUUUGUUUCGAAACGCCCAUUUACCUAGUAUUCAUAAAAUAUGGGUUUACAAAUUCUAAAGUGUUUAUUUUGCUUACUAAUCGGAAAAUAAAAUAGCAUUUAUUGCCAAAGAAAAUAAAAUGUAAAACUUGUUGUCAAAA